CUUCACAUGUCAUCAGGUUCAUGUCGUCAUUGUCUUGAAAACAUGGCGAUUGGGUUAUUGGACGAAUUCCUUUCGUAAUUCAAGUGUUCUAGAAAAGAUUCUUAUCCAGGAAAGGACGUUUAUUUGAAAGGGGGGAUAAUGUCCUCCCUUCAUUUUGUUGUCCACCCACUUCCAGGCACGGAAGAUCAGCUAAAUGAUCGGCUGAAGGAAGUGUCUGACAAGUUGAAUAGGUUUGGUCACUCCAACCCGGCUGCCUUAAGUGGACUUAAAGUUCCUGUGAAGCAAAUUGUUGUAGGGCCAUCACAUUUAGCCCUCCUAUUAGAAGAUGGACGGAUAUGCAGACUUUCAUUUUCAAUAAUAUCUGACAGAUUAGACCUUAGCAAAAAUGAUCCCAACAAGAACAGUCGACCUAGUGGUGGUGGAGGUGGAGGAGCUGGUCGCCAAAUACACCGCACUAGAGCGCGCCUCAUGCGAUCUAGUGCUGCAUUGCGUGCUACAGCCGGGACUAGAGGUGCCGCAGGUGUGAUAAUUGGUGCCAGUAGCUCUGGUGGCUCUGGCUCCAGCACUCGUCCACUUGUUGUUCCAUAUGUCCCGGAAGAACUAGUGUCUCAAGCACAGGUGGUACUGCAAGGGAAAAGUAGGAACCUUAUUAUAAGAGAGCUUCAGCGCACCAACCUGGAUGUGAAUCUUGCAGUAAAUAAUCUUCUUUCAAGAGAUGAUGAAGAAGCUGAUGAUGGAGAUGACGCACAGGAUUCUUAUGUGCCAGAAGACCUCAUUUCUCUACUUGAUGGAAAUUUUCACACAGAUCAUUCUGUUAUUAUUGAUGCUGACACUAUGUUCUCUGAAGAUAUGUUUGGCUAUUCAGCUAUUCGCAACUCAAGACCUGGUACUGCGGCUCGCCGACUAACAUCAAAUGUGAGCUCGUCAGAGAGAGAUAGAGAUAGGGAAAGGGAAGGAGAUAGAGACCGCGACCGCGAUAGCUUUUCUAGAUGGAGGGACAGACAGUACUUUGGCCCUCGAAGAUGGUUAGAAUCAGCUCUAAGGGAUUCCUCUGCUUGGGACAGGGAUCAAGAGAGCAAAAAGAAAGAGCUAGCCCAACAAAGUCCCCUUUGGAUAUCUGAUGAGUUGGAAUAUUGGCCAGAUAGGUCACCACUGGAGCCACUGCCAAAAUUUGUAAAUAUUGUUGGACUACAUAGUGAGCUUAUAGCCCUUUCAUGCACUGGGCAACUGUACCAGUGGCGGUGGGGUGAUGUAGAACCUUACAGACACCCUGAGAAUCCAUCGGUUCACCACCCUAAAACAAUCCCGCUUGGGCUAUUAAAUGAAAAAAUUCUACACAUAUCAGCUUCUGCAAUAAGAUGCUCUGUGGCCACAGAAAGUGGACGUGUAGCUACAUGGAUGGAUGAAACUCUGCAACAUGCUGCUGGGCGCUUAGAACACCCAGCCCAAAGUUUUACUGAGUUUCAGUUGGAUGACAUUGUGUCUUUGCACACCUGCAUACUGUACACAGUUGCCAGACUUGAAAGUGGAGCAAUGUACUGGUGGGGCAUAUUACCAUUCAGUCAAAGGAAGCGUCUUUGGGAGAAAUACAGGGCUAAAUCACGCAAACAUCGCCCUUCUACAACAUUAUCUGCUGAAAUUGUGUCCGGAAGUCAAGUUUGCAUGAAAAUAAGCCCCAUGUACCAGGCAGGAGCAAUUGGUUUUACCAUCUCCAAUGGUGUGCCUAAAGUGGGCAUUCUUCAAAAUUCAGCUUGGAAUUUGACUGAUGUCUGUCGGUUUAAACUGCUCCCUCCAUCCCCCACUCCAUCCAACAGUGGAGUUACUCUAGAGCAGCUUCAUGGCCGGGCUCGCGACAGUGGCAUAGGCAGUGGUAGCAAUAGUGGUAGUGGUUGUGCAAGCAACUCAGGCUCUUCAAGCAAAAUUACACACAAGGAAACUGCAGACCGCCUUGAUAUGCCUCCCCCUCCCUCUCCUGCAUCCAGCACUUGCAGUGACACACCAAGCAAUACAUCAAGCAUCAAAAGGCAAAAACGUCCUGCACCCAAAGGGGAUGAUGGUGAAAAGAAAGAUGAAGAAGAAUGGCCCCUCAAAGAUGUGAUCUUUGUGGAGGAUGUUAAAAGUAUGCCCAUUGGAAGAGUUCUCAAAGUCGAUGGGCAGUAUGCGGCUGUGCGCUUUACGGGUUCUAAAGAAUCUGCAGCAUCUAGCAUUGUUAACAAAGAUGGCCCUAAAGAUGCAGGCGCUGCUGGUUUGGAUGACAUGAUGAGUGUACUUCAAGAGUGCCGUUUAAUGCGAAAGGAUGACUUGCAAGUUGUAAAAUCAACAGCCACAUCUAGAGUUCCAGAUUGCUUUCAAAGAACACCUCGUCGAGUGAACAUUCCAGAAAGUGGUGGGCAAGUUCUCACUAUUGCUGUAGAUGGCCAAGGAAUUCAUGCAAUCGUCAAAACUGGGACUAAAUUGAGCUAUGUUCUUUAUAAUGUUAGCACUGGUCGUAUUGAGCAGGACAGUCCAUUUCCAUGUGAUACAGCUGCUUUCUUGGGUUUAGACGCUCAUGCUGUUAACCUGACUAGUACAGGAGAAAGUGGGCAGAGUGUCCUCCUCUUGAGGGAUGGUAAUAGUGCAAUUUGUCCUCUUGCGAAGGACUGUGUGGAAGCUAUAAGGGAUCCUCAUUGGCUGGAUCUUCCCCCCAUUCGCUGCAUUGGCACUGGAAUACAUGCUCUGACGGCAGUCGCUGCUAGCACUAAUUUGAAGAACCAAGUUGCGCUUCUUGUUCUAGCUUUAGAAUCUCAGAUCCUUAUGUCUAAAGUGCUGCGAUGUGACAUUGAAGGCAUUAAGCAAGUUCUAAAUUCCUUGGACUCUGAAGCCAAGUUGGGUGUGACCAACAGUGUGAUGUUGAGUAAUAUUUUAAAGGAACGAUGUGAUGGAAAUAGGAACAUUUUCCAUGCAUGUGUGUCUCAGUGUGCCCCUACAUCCAACAAAGAUCCAUCUGGAGAGAACACAGCAGAAACUGGCACUUCAACUACAGGAACACCAGCUGCAGCCACUGCAUCACCUGCUGGCCCAAGUGGUUCAAGCAAUAGUGGUCCUGCAAAUGGUGGAAGUAGCUGUGCUGGUGGAAGCUCAAGUAAUGGAGCACUCGACAAUGCCAUAAAUGUCAUUAGCAGCACACCUGUAACAUUAAGAGACAUGAUGAGGAGAGCUGUUCGUUCUGAAACUGCUGAGUCAGUUGGUCAAAACUCAGUGGAUGAUACUAUUCCCCCAUCCCUGUCAUGGCAAGAGACGUUUGAGAUUGCUGGUUCUGGUGAUGAAGAUAGUUUGAUGGGACCUGGGCGCUCAGGCAACAGCAGCAAUGCAGGGAACAUGGGAACUUCAAUUGGAUCAGGUGCAGUUUUAAACCCUGUAGAGAGACGCAAUGCAGCCUUGCAAGCUCUGAAUAUUUUGACUGGAAGCCGUGCUCUUCAACCACACCUUCAUGAACUUUUAAGUGCUAAGGAUGCUACUGGCCAAACCCCUUUCAUGUUGGCUGUUACCUCUCGUGCAUAUCCAGCUGCUCAAACCCUCCUUACAACAAUCCAGAGUGUUGCUACAAAAUUAGCCUCAGAGCAAAGCAUGAAUAGAAAUAAGACAAGUGCUGAUUUGAUUCCUGACGAAAAGAGAGCUGCCUUCGAUGAUAACCAGAUGGACUGUAAGAUGGAAGAUCAGACAGGAGACAAUGGUGUUUCAAUGGAUACCUUGUUUAAUCCACCAAGUGCAUCGUCUACUCCUGUGCCUGGCCCUUCUGGAAGCAACCCAGAUGAGAAAAAUUCUAACACAUCUUGGUUCAAACUCUCAAGAGAUCUUAACUCAAAGCCGCCACUAGAGAGCUCAGAGGGCAGACAAGACAUUAGCAGUCUGAAAGAUGCUGCCAAAUGGAAUCUGAUGGCAGAGAUGGUAUAUCCACCUGGCUCACAUCCUGAUUGCAAUCCUCUUCAUGUUGUGUGCUGCAAUGACACUUGCAGCUUCACAUGGACUGGAGCUGAACACAUCAAACAGGACAUCUUUGAGUGUCGUACUUGUGGUCUGACAGGAUCCUUGUGUUGUUGCACUGAGUGUGCCAGAGUUUGUCACAAAGGCCACGACUGCAAAAUUAAGAGAACCAAUCCCACUGCAUAUUGUGAUUGCUGGGAGAAGUGCAAGUGCAAAGCGUUGGUCCAAGGUCCACAGACAUCAAGAUAUUAUCUCCUCUGUCGACUUGUAACAGAAACUCACCUGGUUGAAUUGCCCAACGCAAGAGGUGAAAAUAUCCUGUUAUUCCUUGUUCAAACUGUUGGACGACAACUGGUAGAGCAGAGGCAGUUCCACGCUGGAAACCGACCUCAGAGGGCCUCUGCCACCCGGAAAGCACCAUCAUCAGAUGUUGAAGUUGACAUGCCUGAUCAUGAUUUAGAGCCACCACGAUUCAGUCGUCGUGCAUUAGAUCGACUUCUUAACGAUUGGCCAGCUGUUAGAGCCAUGAUUAUGUCUGGAAUGCGUGAAUCUGCGACGGGUAAUAGCUCUAGCUCUGCCCAAAUGAUAUAUGAGGAUCAGGCAUAUUUACGCAGCCAAAGUGGCACAACACAGCUUGACAAAUUUACCCACUGGUUGUUGGUGAAAUGUAGCAAUGAAAUGUUUGAUAUUCUCCUCACUACUCUAAUUCGAGAGCUGCAAAAUGAGUCUGUUCCUGGAAGGCAGACAGAUGCUCGCAGUGUUGCCCGUCGAUUUGUGAGGUCUGUUGCCCGUAUAUUUGUUAUCUUCAGUAUUGAAAUGGCUCCACAGAAAAGCAAGAAACGAGUUGUAGCCAAUGAGCCACUUCUGAAGUGCAAACGUGUAUUCCAAGCUCUCAUAAGAUUAGCUGUUGAAGAACUUUGUGAGACAGCAGACAGUCUCAUAGCUCCUGUAAGGUUGGGUGUUGUCCGUCCAACUGCCCCAUUCCAGUUGUCUGGCUCAUUUGUUGAAGUAAUAGCUGGAUCAGAAGAACUGUUUUCUGUUGAGCCCCUGGCUUUGAGUGGAGGAGGCUUUGUUGAUCCUCACGCUGAUGAGGGCGGCUUGUCAUCUGCCGCCUCGGGGCAUGCAGACGGAAGGAGUGCGCACGGUGCCUCUGCCAGCGCUGUUCGAGCCCGUCGCGUCAUGGACCUGGACGACACGGACGGUGGUGAUGGGUUGGGUGGUGAAGAUGGUGAUGACAACGCCAGCGACGGUGACGACAAUGCGGACGGGCGGGGUGGCGGUGCUGAAGUGGAGAGGGAGUCUCGCUCUUUAAGCGAGGCUGUUGUCAAUGACGCAAUCGAAGGCGGGAAUGGAGCCCAAGAUGAAGCUCCACCUGAUGCCGAAUCUGACACAGAGUUGGAUCUCCUCGCCGAAACGGAAAGUGACAGCGAUGACAAUCAGAGCAACCAAGAUGCUGCAUCUCAGCAGAGAAGUGUACAGACAGGUGCCACCACAGGGUCGGACACAGGCAUGGCGUCAUUAAUGCUUUAUCCGGAAGACGAUUCUGGAGAGUCUUCUCAGCAAGAGGAGGAGGAAUCUGAGGCGGGUGAAAGUGAUGAACAGGAUGCACAAGAAGACCUACCACUUAGUGAUGAGCAGCUAGAGAGGCGCACGACUAACAAUCCACAUGGUCAGAGGAACAACUUGGCCCCCCAGUCAAUGCAGUGGGCUAUCCGAACUCGUGACUCAAAUGCACGUGCUGGAGGGGUGCGUGUUACAGGUGGUUCGUCUGUUAUGUUCAUCGACCCAUCAACGCUACGGCGGUCUGCUACAGCCGCUAACGUUGUGGCAGCUGCACAGCAGGCAGCUGCUGCUAGCCAUGAGCCUCAAACCAUGGCUACUACUGCUUCGUGUCUUGCAAGGGCAUUCUCAAUUGUCAUCCGCCAAAUUGCUGACUUGCUUACAAUGCUGCAGGACUACAAUGCUCUGACUCCAGUUCUUCCAAGAACAUUGGAAAUUACUUAUCAAGAAUCAAUUAAUUUACAGCUCUAUUUGGAAUAUCACCUGAAGCCUACAUGGGAUUGGCUUCUCACAGUGAUGGAUUCAACAGAAGCCCAGUUACGCUUUGGAGCUGCACUUACUCAGUCUUCAGAUCCUACCCACCCUGGCCACCCCUUGUACUCUUCAACUGCUGGAGGAAGCAGUAGUACCUUACCAGUUACAACUGAGCCAAGGCGUCCAGUAACCACCACAUCCAGUAACACAACUGGAAGCACUCGCAUAGUGGGAUUCUCUUCAGAUGCUCAGCGGCCUGCACGUGAACGUGAAGGAUUAGAUCCCCUAUUGUCAAGGCGAGAGUUCCUCUCAUAUUGUUUAUCACUGAUGCGAUCACACAAUGCUGAACAUCUAGACAGUCUUCCAGUGCUUGAUGUAUCUGCUCUGAAACACAUUGCUUAUGUGUUUGAUGCAUUGAUUUAUUACAUGAGGUCUGGUGCUGACAGUCCUGUUUCCCCAGAUGUUAUCAGAGAACCACUUGAGGCAUGGAAUGAUCAAGAUGAAAAUGACAAUGAUGAAGGCGAUGAGGACACCAAUCAAUCAGUGGCUAUGGAAACUGACUCUGUUGAUGAGCAAGAGGUUGGUGCGAGCAGUCUACUUGCAUCCUCUUGCUCUGGUAACAAUAAUGCUCUUGGGGAGAGGGAAAAAGUCCCCUCAAAUGGUGCGAGCAAAGGCAGAAAGCACCCAUUCUUCCAGCGCUCUGACUCAACGUUGUGCCUGGGCUGCCCUCCACCAGACCCCUUUGAGGCACCUUUAGCUCAAGCCUUACCCCUGGCUGACCAGCCACAUUUGCUUCAACCAAAUGCCCGCAGGGAGGAACUGUUUGGCAUGCCCAAACAACCUAUCACUGUACCUGCCACAGGUCCUAAUCCUCCUGGAAGCUGUAACCCAUUAGAAGUGCUUCCAACACGUUUGGGACUUUCAGUGCGGACAGCAGACACAAGUGCAGCAUCAAAUGUUCCAACUCCUAAUCCGUCUAAUAUAGCAAUACAGCUUCCGCACUCUGUGAUAGCAAAUCCAGCUUCAACCUCACAGCAGGGAUCUAGUACCUCUACUUACGCAGUUGUCGGAGGGAAUAGUUCCACUCCAAAGAGUUAUGAUGCAUUUGAUCAUGUCAUCCGUGAAAUGGUCUCUACCUGUUCCACAUGGCGAGAAGAUAGUCGAAGGUGGCCUGCAACCUCAGCACCAACAACUACUACAUCUACCGCCUCCUCUGUUCGAGCUCCUAUUAUAGUCUCACCUCGUAAAGUCGCUGCUGCUAUUGCUGCAGCUACUGCCAAUCUGAGCAAUAACACAAACACAAAUGGAAGCAAUUCUGGUUCUACUUCUAAAGCCUCUGGUUCUAGUAUCAUCGCAGGGGGCUCCAAAAGUUUGUUACCAUCUGGGUCUGCUGAGGGAAAUUUGGCAGUACCCCCAAUUAAGAGCGUCAUUGUCAGAGCAGGAUCUUCCUCAAAUCAAGAUACCCCAAUGCCCCUGAGUAGAUCUGAUGCUCCUGAUGUGCUAGUAAUUCCUACUGGUGAUCAUUCUGAGAAUGUGACGGACUGCGAAGAUACAUCUGCACAUGUUACUGUUGAAACGUCACAACCUCCUAGGUCACAGCCCUCCAUUGGACAGUCUGUUUCUCAUGACCUCCUCUUAGGCCGCUGGCGCUUGUCUUUAGAUCUGUUUGGUCGUGUAUUCAUGGAGGAUGUGGGGUUGGAGCCUGGAUCUGUGGUCUCAGAACUUGGUGGCUUUGCUGUGAAAGAGGCAAAGUUUCGCAGAGAAAUGGAAAAGUUGCGCAAUGCACAGCAGCGGGACUUAACAUUAGCUAAGAUGGAGAGGGAGAGAAAUGCUCUGAUUCUUCAAGCCAUGAAGGAGUUGAAUACUCAGUACAACACUCAAUAUAACUCAACUCAUCGCCGUGGUUCAAGUUCAAGUCAACAAACGCCACUAGCUGUUCAUAAAGUAAAGGUUACCUUCAAAGAUGAGCCAGGAGAAGGCACAGGAGUUGCUCGAAGUUUCUACACUGCUAUAGCAGAGGCUUUGUUGGCAAAUGAGAAACUACCUAACCUGGAGUCUGCUCAAGUAGGUGCCAGAUACAGUCAGUACAAUGUACUUCAAAGAAUUCGUACCCGUGAGAGAGAGAGUUUACGCAGACAUGUGCAGCGGUCUACCGGUCAAAGGGUUAGAGAACCUCGAAGAUCUCUAUCCUAUGAUGCUCGUCUUUUCUAUCCCCCAAGCACAGAUGGUGCUAUUGAUGGUCGUUCUCACAAUGAACAUCUCAGUAUGCAUCAGCAACAGCUUGGUGAAAGGCUGUAUCCUAAGGUUCAAGCAUUGAGACCAAACUUUGCUGGCAAAAUAACUGGCAUGUUGUUGGAGCUCUCUCCAGCACAACUGCUGAUGUUACUUGCUAGUGAAGAUGCUCUUCGUCAAAAAGUUGAAGAAGCUGUUGACUUGAUUGUCAAUCACGGUCAAGAGAUGGCAAGUGAAGCCUUACUUGAUUUGGAUGUGUUCAGCCUAUCAGAACGGAGUGGUGGCGGCAGCGGCAGCGGCUCAGCCCAAGUAGGCGCGGGUGGCAGUGGCUCGCUGGCGGCUGGUGGCUCUGCCGGUAGCAGCGGCAGCAGCGGCUCAGGAAAGAAGUCGGCCGGAGUGAGCUCCGGAGGCUCUCUAACGCCCAUCAUCCCGGCACCAACUGCGCCGCCCAAGAGCAGUCUCCUGCCAGGGAUUGAAAUGAUGGACACUGAUCCUUUGGAUGAUGGCGAAGAUAAUGCACCUUUGUUCUACAGUCCUGGUAAACGCGGCUUCUAUUCACCGCGCCAGGGCAAAGCUUCGUUUGAACGCUUAAACGCAUUCAGGAAUGUUGGCAGGUUGUUAGGUCUUUGUUUACUCCAAAACGAGCUCUGUCCAAUUUUCCUAAAUCGACACGUCUUGAAAGCAAUUCUGGGAAGACCUACACGGUUCCAUGAUUUGGCAUUCUUUGACCCACUUAUGUAUGAAAGCUUACGCCAGCUUGUCAUUGAUGCUGAAAAUAAAAACAGCAACAGCUUCUUCUCUGCCCUUGAUCUUACUUUCAGUAUUGAUCUGGCACCAGAAGAAGGAGGCGGAUCAGUGGAGCUGCUGAGUCCUCAUGGACGAGAUAUUGAAGUAACAGCCUCUAAUGUCUAUGAUUAUGUCCGCAAGUAUGCAGAAUAUCGCAUGGUCAAAUCUCAAGCAAAAGCAAUUGACGCAAUUCGCACUGGAGUGUUCGAUGUUUUACCAACAAGUGCGUUGGAUGGACUAACAGCAGAGGAUUUGAGACUACUAGUCAAUGGAGUAGGUGACAUCGCUGUCUCUACACUCAUAUCAUACACCAGUUUCAUAAAUGAAUCUGGUGAGGCAGGCGAACGACACCUCAAGUUCAAAAGAUGGCUUUGGUCUAUUGUUGAGCGAAUGACCCCAUCUGAACGUCAGGAUUUGGUAUACUUUUGGACAGGAUCACCUGCUCUGCCAGCAUCUGAAGAUGGAUUCCAACCAAUGCCUAGUGUUACCAUUCGUCCAGCAGAUGAUUCUCACUUACCUACUGCUAAUACAUGCAUUUCCCGACUGUAUGUCCCAUUAUAUAGUAGCCGACAGAUUUUACGUUCAAAGCUACUUCUUGCUAUCAAAACCAAGAAUUUUGGCUUUGUUUAAUUAAUUAAUAAUGUAUCUUUAUAAGUGAGUAGCAUUGUUCUGAUAAUUGCUGAUGAAGCAUAAACUUGUGUCAUAGAUGUAAAUUUUUGUUGAAAGUAAAAAUUUUGUUGACAGGUGACAGUAGCCCUAGUUCUUAAAUUAUUUUGUUUUCUCAUUUUGAGAUUCCUAUACUGAGAAAGAGCUUCAGAAUAAUACAGUAAUAACUACAUUAAUUAUGAAGGUUGCCGAGUGCCAAGUUUGUAGAAAUUGUUUCUAAUGACAUUACUAAGUCAGCCUUGGUCUCAUUACAUUUAUUCUCCUGAUCUAUUCCUGACAUUCUGUUAUCUUCAGUUAGCAUGACUAUGUUUUGCUCAAAUGUUAGCCUGUCUAUUUCCUUUAGUUUGGUUUAAGGAAUUGGUUUGUCGAUUUGCAUAUGUUUGUGAAGUUGUCUUCAAAUGCACAUUUUUUCUGCAAAGACUAUUUUGGCAUAUGAAGUGUUGCUUAAGUUGGUAGUGGACAUUUUCUAUCGAGAGGGAUAUUAAAAUCCCUUAAAGAUCUUGUAAAGUGUUUACUGGAAAUUCUCAUCUAGUUUCUUCACUUGUGUUAGUGGAUUACUUUUCACUAACUGCAGAGUGGUUAAUGGAAACAGCUAUUUCAGGAUUUUCAAUACCAUAUUUAACAUUCAAUUUUAAAUAUAGUGGCCUAUCCUCUAAAAGAAUGAUAUUGUUCAAUAUGUCAAAGAAACUUUUUAUUAGAAUAUCAAGUUACUUAUUUUAAAAGUGCUCGUCGGUGUGGUAUUAUGUUGUUUGUGUGCAUGCUAAAAACCACUGUGUACUGUUUUUUUGUUGUUUUUUUUGGAGGGGGGGCAUAUGAUAGGUUUGUGCAAGUUACACUUAUUUCUCAUUCUUUCUUUUCUUUUAGCAUCUACCCUUUCAUGUUCUUCUCCCUGAUAAGACACAAAGUGAGAAAGCAGAAUGGUUAUUUAUUAUAUCGCAGUUUUAAUGUGAGGAAGAACAGAUUGUUUCCUCCUCAACUUGUUGUAGGGUGGAGACUGGAAUGAAAGUUUUCCAAAGAACCUGGCAACCAAAUGAUCCUUUUAAAAAAAAAAAAAAAUUGGCAUACUUUGUACUUGUGAAAUUUGCACUGAAUUAUGACUGAAAGUGCAGCAUUCCCAUUCAUGGAUAAUCUGAGUGGCGUGGGAUGUAGAGGGGAAAUUCUUCCGCAUUAUUAGCCAUGCUCCAUCACUGGGUGACUGUAUCUUGGUACUAUUUGAUAUUGUGAUAUUAAAGCUAAAACAUCAUAAGUUACCAUCUUGAAUGUUCUCUUUUGUCAAGAUGGUAUUAGUGAUAAAGCCAACUUUGAAACCUAUAGAAUUUUUUUUCCUUAGUAUAAAAAAAGUUGUCUUGUGACUUAAAAGAUAUCAUUGUGGAAACUUGCCCAUGUCAAUCUUUUAAAGUAUAUUGGGUUAAAAGGACUUAUAAGUUGUAACUAAUUUAGAGUAUGUAUGAAUUUCUAAUGUAAGAAUAUUUUGUAGGAUACAGUUUCAUCUCUAAUUUCAGUGUCAAUAGUUAAAUGUUGGAAUUGACCUGUACAUACAAACCAGUACCAUUCAUACGGCAUCAUAAAUUAUGCUUAUCUGGUAGAUCUGUCCAUGGACUGAUUCAGGAAAUAGAGAUGGAACUUUAUUCAUUGAAUCACCAAGAUAGUUUCCAUUAUGAUGGGACGUAAAUAGGUAUUUGUAAUAUAUAUUUUUAUACAAAGAUUGAGCUUUCAUACCUCUGUACAACUACCAUGGCAGGAGGUAGGCAUACAUGUGUGUUCAAUACUUCCUACUAGACUCCAAUUUUUUAAAAAGUAAAAACAUGUGAUGUGCUAGCUUAAUCUUUGUGCUGUAAGACUUGGCGAAAGCUUUGUGUUCACUGAAAAAUGAAUUAAAGGAAGACAUUCAGGAAA